AUGACUGAAUUUGCGGAGAAGAACGAACCUGUCAUUCUCUCCGACAAGGUAGCGGAGUUCGCAGCUGAUAUCAUGACCCUGGUAUGUUUCACCAACCCUUGGGGCUUCGUCGACAACAGUCGUGAUGAGCGCAACAUGCUCAAGAGCUGGCGCGAAGGCCUCGUCUUCUUUGGCUUUGCCGGCCGAUUCCGCUUCUUUCGCGACCUGGUGUUGAAGAGCUCGUGGGGUCAAUACUUCCUACCAGGAACAAGCGACGACAACGGCAUGGGCUACUUGAUGAGACAGGCGGAUAGAGAAGUCUCUGAUCGAGAGCAGCACAUAUCGCAAAACAGCUUCUCACAAGAAAGACCAGAUUUCUUGCAAUUGUGUCUCGAGGCACAAAUGGACGGACAACCACUGACAGCAAUGCAAAAACGAGCACACGUCACCUUGCUUAUCCAAGCAGGCGCCGACACGACAGGAACGGCGCUCGGCAGCACCCUCCGUUUCCUGUUGACGCAUCCAUCCGUUUUUGCACGCGUGCGUGCCGAAUUAGCUGCUGCUUCCAACGCACAGCUUCUCAGCACACCCAUUCAAUUCGAACAGACGAGGACACACUUGCCCUACUUUGUGGCAUGCAUCAAAGAGUCCCUCAGACUACACCCUCCCGCGACGAACCUCUUUGGAAGAGUUGCGCCGUCGCCGGACGGUAAGGCCGUGGACGGGACCUGGGUUCCGGCUGGUGCGGAGAUCACGAGCUACGCGUACGUCGUUCAGAGAGAUCCUCAUCUGUAUGCUCCGGACCCAGAAGUAUUCCGUCCAGAGCGGUGGCUUGAGGCCGAGGGGAGUUCAAAGGAGCUCAUCAGCGAGAUGGAUGCGUCUGCGUUUGUGUUUGGCGUUGGGCCUAGAGUUUGCCUCGGUAAGGAUGUCGCAAUCAUGGAGAUGUACAAGUUACUCCCAGAAGUUGUUCGUCAGUUUGACUUUGAGGUCAAGGAGGAGGGUCAAUUUGUGGUCGUCGGAGGUAUCGCGUAUAACCAGCGCUUUGUUGUUCAGUUGAGGCCGCGGGUGGAGUAG